AUGGCCAGCUUCAGUAUUUCAAAUCAAUCAUCAUAUCAGAAACACGUUAUAGAAAAGGCGUUUCAAAGUCUCCUAGAAGAGAGUAUGCGGUUUGAGUGUCCUUCGAUAAUAAAAAAAUUUUCUAACACUUCUGAUCUGAACCUUUCUACUUGGAUAUUUAGGGUUGAUGAAAAUAAUGACAUUUUUGUCAAAGGUCACCUCAGUGGUUCCCCAGCCAAUGUGUUUUGGAGCACAAGUGAAAUUAUUAAAAGAAUAGACAACAAAACCCUGUUGACUGCAUCAGGCAAACUUUGUAUUCUUGAAGGUUCAAUAAUGGAAAAAGCUUUGAUCUCUAAAGGUUAUCCAGCUAACUUGAUAAAAAAAUUUAGUCAUGGCUUUCCUUUACAAUGGAAAUCUAUUCUGACAUCAAAACAGAUACCAAAAAUAGCAACAGAAAAGAAAGAACUACGGAAUCAAAAAAUCAAAAGAGAACAUAUAGAGGAGGUGGAAGGUGAGGAGGAGGAUGAUGAAGAUGAUGAUGAUAAACAACAGGAGGAUGAUGAGAAUGAUGAGGAGGCAACGGCAGGAUCAGAGGAAGAUAACUUGCCUGAAAAUCAAAAGCUGAGUGUAAUCAAGGAAAAUCGUGAAACUCUGUCUGUUUUGAAAAAGGAAGGAAAUGAUCAGGACUAUCUGUUUAACAUUUUUUCAAGCAAUCCCAGAAUGGACUUCCCUGAAAUGGAUCCUUGUCCGUUACCUGUUUCAAAUGUCACAAAGAAAACAUCAGUGAAGAACAAGAAGCAAGUAAAAGAGGAGUUGGUUAAAAAAGUAAUCGCUCCAAAGAAUCCAGUCAGAUCACACUACAUGACAAGAUCUCUUGCGUCCCAUCUUAAAGGUAAAUCAGCGCAAUCUCCAAAGUCUGCUCUUUCUCCUAAUGAAAACCAGAAAAGUACCAAAAUCAUUCCUAAAUAUAAGACAUCUCGAAAACAACCAACUGCCAAAAAGAAUGAUGAUGAAUGUUACAGCCCUCAUCCCUUAUCAAAUACGAUAAAUGUUAUCCCAGCCAAUGCAGACAAUAAAAAGGUUUCUGAUUUGGGCAAAAAGACUUCCCGGGCUAAAAAAUCUUCACCUGCAAAGUCAGGCAAGGUGGACAAACCUAAACGACAGAAAGUGUCACAAACUAAAACGCAAGGGUCUCGCAAGCAAAAGUCCCAGAAGCCAUCUGUCAACAAAAAACAAUCACAUGAUGCUCAGAGAGAAACUCAUGUUGUCAGACCUUCAAAGAAGGUUGCCAAAGAGGAGAAAGACAAAGAAUCAGGAAGGAAGAUGAUCAAAGAUUGGACAAACGAAGAAGUGAAGAAAUUAUUGACAGCCAUGUCCACUGUGCCAAAAACUGAUCGUAAUUUUUGGAAAAAGGUUGCACGUAAAGUUGGUCGAAGCGCUGAAGAAUGUACCAAUUAUUACUGCAGCUGUGAUCUGUCAUCACUCGACUGGAAAGAUUUAAAGAAGAAAGAUGAAAAAAAAGAAGUUCCAAAUAUUAUAAAACGGAAAAAUCUUCACAUCUAUGAUGUUAGUGACAGUUAUGAAGAUGAUCUUUUUGAAUCGGAAAAUUUCCUUGGAAAUACAAAGAAAAUCCGUUUGAACGAAGAUUGUCACUUGGACGACAUAUUUGCUGACCUUAGUGUAAAAACACCAAGCGUAUCAGAUCAAAAUUUCCACACUCCUAUGUCCAAAUUUUUCCUGACUCCAGUCUCUGAACGACAGACACCUGCAUCGAGUUUCUCAGAUGGAGAUAUUAAAAUUGACUGGGACAAUGCUGAUCGCUGUGUGAAAGAGUUUAAGAAGCAACAGAAAAAAGGAGCUGGGCGCCUCAAAAUGCCUAAGAAACUUGCAGAAUUAAAAAGUGAAUUCAAGCCAAAGAGCUUGCAGCUCGGAAACAUUGUUGAUGAAUUGAACAAAAUUAAUAAUAUUCCCAAAAAGUCAGACAAGGAAGAUGAAGCAGAAGAUUCCAACACAAAUCUUUAUUUCUCAUCAGAAAGUGAAGAUUAA